UGAACGUCUGUUUACAUAUGCUGAUCAUUUCCCCCCACCGUGGAAGCCUCAGAGGCAUCAGGGGCACUAAUCCCCACUGGGCAGUGGGCACUAGGCAUUGGGCAUGGGGCCCCUUGCCGGGCUUCUGCGCCCUCUAUCGUCCAUGCGUCGAAGUAAACCUGGUGCAUGUCCCUGACGUUCGUGCGUUCGAUGCUCUUGCAGGAGAAAGUGGAAUCCUAAUCAACACUAGCCAAGGGGGAACCUGGUUCAUAAUUCAUGAUCAUUGAUAUUAUGGCUUAAAUCGUCCGUUGGGUCAUACUGGGUCAUCCGGAUCCCCCAUGUCCGUUCAGCCUUAAAGUCCGUCAAGUACGGUGACCACGUGUCUGACGGACUCAAGGCUUAUUGGCCCGACCCAGGUGUCGGUCGGUCUGUGUGUGUUUGUGCCCUGUUGGUAAACUGAGACCGUCCUUGGGCGAAUCAAUCCAUGUUGGUCAUGGAGGAGAAAUUGCGAGAAGCCGCGUGUUUCGGGGAUUUGGACGCGCUGACCACGUUGCUCAACAAGGGCACCAAUAUCAAUGCCCAACACAAGAUCAAUGGCUGGACCGCCUUGCAUUGGGCCGCCAAGCGGAAUAACGCCCAAUGCGUGGACAUUUUAUUGUCGCGUGGGGCGGAAAAGACCAUUCAUAACUCCAAAGGCGAGACCCCGGCCAUGUUGACCACCCAACGCGAGAUUCUCGUCCGAUUCGGUGUCCCCGAACCCGUCAAAAAUGGAGACAGCACGCAUUCACCCCGACCCAAAACACCCAAAACGCCCAAAUCCGAGUCGCAUGGAUCGAAUGCAAAUGCCUCGUUUGUGCCUAAUUAUCUCAAGCAUCCGCCAUUAGCGCACAAAGUGGAUGUGGGCCCGGAUGUGGACAAGCUGCGAUCGCGUUCGGCCGAUGCAUCCCAAGGGGGACUGGUGUCCAGCCCGGCGCAUGCCCCGGUUCGAGCCCCGCCGCCGGUCAAAUCGUACCGGAUCUUGAAGAUUCGAUUGGUGGGCAAGGAGCAUUUUGAUAAGGAUUUCAUUGAGGUGGACAUCCCUAGUCAGGAGUUGUCUUUUCGACGGGUGAUUGACGUGAUUUGCGACGAGUUUUCGGUCAACCCAUUGACGGUGCUCAAAGUGCGGAAGCUGCCCAACACAAAAUUGAGGCGUGAUGUAGAAGUCCAGCGAUUGGCCGACUACCAAGAGUUGGAGGUGGAGAUCGCGGAUAUCUAGGCAUAAUAUUGAUAGUCCAUACGGUGGUGGAUAAUGAUGGCAGGGACUCGCCCGGCGUGUUUGUCUGUAACCCGUGGGGAUCCCUCUCCGCCGUCCCCUCGACUUGAUAUCCCCAUUCCUCUUUUUAUCUCAAUACCGUCAGAUUCAUUGCUUUCACGCCCUCUCUGGUUUGUCCUCCUCCAUUCGUUGUUAUCCCUCUGGAAUCUUUGGAACCUUUGACAUUUAGCUGAGCUGAUCUCGUACCCCCGGUUGUUCGCUCCUACCAGCACCCGCUCAUACAGCAUCAUGAACCUCAUCAAAGUUUGAAUCGACAUUAGGCAGCAUAUAUCGCGGAAUGCCACGCGGAUGUUAGCAAUCACGUUUACCGGAAUAUAGAACUCUUCCACAAUU